UUCUCCCCGCCCCGCUGCGGAUCUGUGCAGCCUUCGCCGCCGCCACCGCGGCUGCUGCGGUUGCCUCAUGCAAGGGCUUCUGGGAGCCGAACCUCGGGGUCUCGGGGAAGGGGCUCAGGUGGCCGCCAUUUUGAGUUGCGAACCUGAUCGCUACGCUGAACGCUAGGGGCGGAGUGGCGACCACGUUGUUACCCGGAGCAGACGCCGCAGCGGAGGACUAGAAGUCAGGGUACCGGAUCGUGCCACUUUAAUGGAUGCUAUGGCUAGUCCAGGGAAAGAUAACUAUAGAAUGAAAAGUUAUAAGAAUAAAGCCCUAAAUCCCCAAGAGAUGCGUAGACGAAGAGAAGAAGAAGGAAUACAACUUCGAAAACAAAAAAGGGAAGAACAGCUGUUCAAACGUAGAAAUGUCUCUUUGCCCAGAAAUGAUGAAUCUAUGCUAGAAAGUCCUAUCCAGGAUCCGGAUAUCAGUUCCACUGUACCCAUUCCAGAGGAAGAAGUUAUUACCACAGAUAUGGUUCAGAUGAUUUUUUCUAAUAAUGCUGAUCAACAACUAACAGCAACACAGAAAUUUAGAAAGCUGCUUUCUAAAGAACCUAAUCCACCAAUUGAUCAAGUUAUACAGAAACCAGGAGUUGUACAGAGAUUUGUGAAAUUUCUUGAAAGAAAUGAAAAUUGUACUUUACAAUUUGAAGCUGCAUGGGCAUUAACUAAUAUAGCAUCUGGAACUUUUCUGCAUACCAAGGUAGUGAUUGAAACUGGGGCUGUUCCAAUUUUUAUCAAACUUCUUAAUUCAGAGCAUGAGGAUGUUCAAGAACAGGCUGUUUGGGCACUUGGUAAUAUUGCUGGUGACAAUGCAGAAUGCAGAGAUUUUGUUUUGAAUUGUGAAAUACUUCCACCUCUUUUAGAGUUAUUAACAAAUUCAAAUAGGCUUACAACAACCAGAAAUGCUGUAUGGGCCCUCUCAAAUUUAUGUAGAGGUAAAAACCCUCCUCCAAACUUUAGUAAGGUAUCACCUUGCUUAAAUGUCCUGUCACGAUUGUUGUUUAGCAGUGACCCAGAUGUAUUAGCAGAUGUCUGUUGGGCCCUUUCUUAUCUCUCUGAUGGACCCAAUGAUAAAAUUCAAGCAGUCAUUGAUUCUGGAGUAUGUCGAAGAUUGGUGGAACUUUUGAUGCACAAUGAUUAUAAAGUUGUAUCACCUGCAUUAAGAGCAGUUGGUAAUAUUGUGACUGGUGAUGAUACUCAAACACAGGUAGUUUUGAAUUGCUCUGCAUUACCCUGUCUCUUACACUUACUGAGUAGCCCAAAGGAGUCAAUCAGAAAAGAAGCCUGUUGGACUGUUUCUAACAUUACUGCUGGAAAUAGAGCUCAGAUUCAGUCUGUUAUAGAUGCAGAUAUUGUUCCUGUUUUGAUUGAAAUUCUUCAGAAAGCAGAGUUUCGUACCAGAAAAGAAGCAGCUUGGGCUAUAACUAAUGCAACAUCAGGAGGCACUCCAGAGCAAAUAAGGUAUUUGGUAGCCUUAGGCUGCAUUAAACCACUUUGUGACCUAUUGACUGUUAUGGACUCUAAAAUAGUCCAAGUGGCUUUAAAUGGACUUGAAAAUAUUUUACGUCUUGGAGAACAAGAAUCUAAGCAGAAUGGGAUAGGCAUUAAUCCAUACUGUGCUCUCAUUGAGGAAGCAUAUGGUCUGGAUAAAAUUGAAUUUCUGCAAAGCCAUGAAAAUCAAGAAAUUUACCAAAAGGCUUUUGAUCUGAUUGAACAUUACUUUGGUGUAGAAGACGACGACCCCAGCAUUGCACCUCAGGUGGAUGAAAACCAACAACAGUUUGUGUUUCAGCAGCAGGAAGCACCAAUGGAAGGGUUUCAACUUUAACUUGGUGGGGGAAAAUUAAUGGCUAAAAAGGGUAUUUUCAGAUGUCUCUUCUUUGUUACAAUGUCAGUAAGAAUGUUUGACAUGUUUUUAUGUAGAACAGAAGAAGAAGUUGAUGCACUUUUAAAAAGCAAAACAAAAGUUUCCAUUCAGAUACAACCUUUCAGUGUAAUUUUGUUUUUAUUUUGUGUGCCUGUAUUUAUGUAUUUUAUUAUUUUAUCUAUUUUUAAUCUAUGAACAAUUAAAUAAAUUAUGAAAUUAUUUAAUUUGAAGCUUGAAAAGAACUUUGAUAAAGUAUUACAUAUGGUUCUGAAUUUUUUUUCUAGCAUUCUUGGAAACUGCAUAUUAGCAGUACAGAUAUUUAUAAUUGCAUUUUGGCAGUAAGUCUCACAGGCCCAAUCUCUACUAAAUCUACCUCUAACUUGAAGCAGAAACAAAACAAAAAAGCUUUAGAAGCAUGAAAUAAUAUAAAAGCUAAAUUAGAAUGUGAAAAUAUCUAUUACCUUAAAUUAUAAAUCACUGUGCUGUAGGUUAAACUUUGCAAAAAAAAAAAAAUUGCAACAGAAAACCUAUAAAAUUUAUUUAUAAAACACAGAAGAAAUAAUUGUACUGAUAAUCAAUUAAAAUGUGACAAUUGUGAAGAGAUAAACUGUUCUUCAUGUUGAACACAUUAAAGUGAUUACACAACAUUUAAUAUUUGUGUUUUUAACAUAUAAAUGCUAUUAUAUUAGUAUAUUUUGUAUUUCGACUAAAUGUGCUACCAUUUUUGAAAUAGUGUUUUAUUAUUUUUUCACUCAUUUUAAAAAGCAUCAUGAUAAAGAUGCCUUCAUGAAUCUAAAGUAGUGCUGCAUAGCAAAAAUAAUACUGUAAUUCUUUCUCUGAUUUUUCGGAGCAGUGAUUGAAGUUUCAUUUUCUGUUUAAUAAUGAAUUUAGAGGUAUUUGAAUGGCAAAAUUAUCCUGGAGAAAUCUACUUGUUAUGUGCUAAAGUUUAUUAAAUACCCUUAAUGUUUAGACGUUAAAAGAGGAUAUUAAUGAAAAUUGCUAAGGAUUCUUUAAUAUACUUGAAAUCUAUAAUAGGAAAAUUUUUGAUAAUACACAGAGAGUCAUACUGCUUCUUGUCAUGAAUCAGUGUAUUAAAUUACAUCGUAUCAGAUUGAUCAAUAUAAUGUAUGUGUUUAUGUAUUAAAAGAAAAACCUCUUCAAACUGAAACUUAAAAAAGUUUCAAUGAAAAAUUACAUAUAUAUUUAUUUAUAGAUACAUAUAUACAAAGGGUGCCAAAAAAUGU